AUGCGUACUCACGAGAGGCACGUAAAGCACGGCCAUCGCGAUAUCCUUCUGCAAGCUCCGAGAAAGAAGAAAAGCAAAAAGAAGAGCAGAAAGUCGAAGAGCAAAAAGAACAGCAGAAAAUUCAAGACCAAUGUCGAAGCCAUCAAGUCAAAGAUCGCUGUCGCCAACAACGCAAUCCACCCUCCUCAAGUCCUCAAUAAUCCAGCACAAGAGCCAAGCAGGAAGAACAAAUCACGACCUCUUGACCUCGCCAAGAAGAUCGCCAAGUAUCUCUUUCCGCAAUGGUACACUUGCCAUUGGCUGAUCAAGCAACUCGAUCUAGCCCAGAAAGAGAUGAGAUAUCUGUUUGGACGGGUUGGCAAAUUCGAGACAGAACAACAAACCAGAGUUCACGGGAUCCGUCUUGAUCGUCAAUAUCGUGUCGUCAAUGGCAUCAUUCCGGCGCCCCUAUCAUUGGAGCUAGAUUGGGAGCAUGAUGAAGAGGUCAUGGACGUGGAGGAAGGUCGAGCUGUCUGUGAAGGCGGAUACGAAGCAACCGAACUCACCUCCGAAAUCCGAUUCCUGAAGAAGCAAUUAGUUGUCGAGGCGGCUUUGAGUGGGGCAGUUAUGUUGAGAUUGGAGAGGUUCGGAGGACAUAUGGGUUUGGAGGGAGGAGACUUGAGUUGUCGUAUUGGGGAUACAACAACUAGCAAGUAUCUUGCAGAAGUUGAACCUGACUCGAAGCUUGCCGCUGUUGCAGCGAGGAGCUUCUUGGCUGAUAUUGUGACGGGCGAAUUCUUAGCGCUUGAUAAAGAUCUAUCUCCAGAGCCGAAAGACGCUGAGGCUUAUUGGCAAACGUCCAAUCCUGUUCCUACGUUGAUUGUAGAGGUUCUGUUUGCGGGGUUGCCAAGACCAAGCAACGACCUCGAUACCUUACGAGGUGCAAUCAAUGUGGGUUCAGUGGCCACAUAG